AUGGGCAGCACUAAAUCCAGAGGAAGAAGAGCCGAGAAGAAAGCAAAGAAGUUGGAUAAUACAGAAGCUUUAGAGCACAAGAAUGAUACACAGUCUCAACCAGAGAAUGUGCCUAAUACCUUCUUUGGUCUUGUUGAUGCAAGUGAAAUCGAUUAUUUUAAACAAGCAGAAUCUACAUUGAACAUCAACGCCUUUGAAAGCGAUGAAGACCGAGAGGGGUUUAUCAACUCAGUGUUGGAGGAGGCACAGGGCAAGGAAUUGAAAUUGGUUACUAAUCAGAUAUGCUCAAAGUUGAUGGAAAGAUUGGUGCUAUUUGCAAACACACACCAAUUAAAAACAAUCUUUGAAAACUUUUCCAACCAUUUUGCUUCUCUAGCAUUUCACAAAUACGCCUCGCAUGUGUUGGAGACAUUGCUUGUGAGAGCGGCAGCAUUGAUUGAAAGAGAAAUUUUGCAAACUGAUGAUGUCAAGUACGAAGAGGAAGACGGGGUAGUCAUUGAAGAUCGUAAUGAUGCCAAAACUGUCGAGGAGUUGUUUAUUGCCAUGGUGAACGAGUUCAAGCCUUAUUUGUUGACAAUGAUUGACCACCAAUAUGCUUCACACGUGUUGAGACUUUUGAUUUUGAUUCUUGCCGGAAAAGAGUUGCCAUCUACAACGAUAUCAAAUUCAGUCUUGAGAUCCAAAAAGUCAAAGAUUGCCAGAAAGAUGAUUGAAAUCAAGGAUAAUGAAGACUUCAAUAGAUCUUUUCAAACUCCGCCUUCGUUUAAAGAUGAGCUUCGUGAUUAUAUUCAAGAAUUAGCAAAGGAUAUGGACACUAAAAAGGCGAGGGAGUUGAGCAUACAUAAAAUAGCUUCUCCAGUAAUGCAGCUUGUGAUCCAGUUGGAGGGACUCGUUGACCGUGAACGUACAAUGUGGCAUCUUAUCUUUGCCAAACAAAACGACGAUAGAGUUGCCGACGAGGAGGCAUUUGUUGAGUACUUGCUAUCUGAUCCAGUGGGAUCCCAUUUCUUUGAAGCCAUUAUCAAGAAUGAUGGGGCAAAGCCUCAAUAUAUUGAGAGAUUAUACAAACUUUAUACGAAAGAUAGAGUUUUAAAGCUAUCCAGGAGAUCUACGACUGGUGUUUACAUUAUACAGGCAUUAUUGUUCAAGUUGAAGCCGGUUGAGGUGGAGUUCAUAUUGGACCAGAUCAUUCCUGAGCUUUCCAACUUGAUUUCCAUAGCUGAUAACCAAAACUUGGAUUUAGCUCAAAGGGUAAUCGAUGCAUCGAUUGUGCGAGGCAACUACUUAGGAGAUGAGAUAAUAACCCAAUUGUUUAUUAAAUUUGCUCCCAAUUAUGACUAUUCAAACCCACAAACUGACACUUCUACCGAGUUUAUUGAAAACGUGCUACAAUUGACGGGAUCUACUUUAGGAAACACUAGAGGUGAUUGGCCCACUGCAGAAGAAAGAAAGAGAGCUUUAUUUUUGGAAAAAUUGAUGGAACUUGACAACAGAUUUGUCAUAUGUACCUGGUUGAACCUUAUUGCCUUGCCAGUUGAAAAGUUUGUCCAAAUGUGUUUCCAUGGUGUUUUUUCGCACGUCGUUGAGAACUCCUUGGUUGUUGACAAAGACGAAACAAAGCAGGUACAAAUUCUUCGGAAAAGGUAUCUCAACAUAUUCCAAAACCAAAUAGUCGCAUUGUCUUGCAACUCAUAUGGGUCCCACAUUGUUGAUAAAUUAUGGAACUUUACAGUUUUGUUGCCCAUGUAUAAAGAUCGGAUUGCGUCAGAGCUUAUGAAUGAUUCACAUAAAGCCAAGGAAAGUCAGUACGGUAAAUUAGUGUGGAAGAACUGGUCCAUGGAACUCUUUGCUAGAAAGAAGUAUGAUUGGAAGCAACUUGUCAAAGAGCAAGAACAUGAAUUCCAUGGCGGAGAAGAGAAUCAAACAAGGGCCAAGAAGCCAAUUGAGUUAAAAAUGGAACGAUUAGCUGAAGAAAAGAGAAUUCAAGCAGAAAAAGCAGAAAAAGCUCAAAGUGGGUAUAAUAAACGUAAACUAGACGAAUUGACCGGUGCGACAGAAAAGAAGCAGAAGCUAAGAGGAAGAAGACGUGAAUAA